AUGACCAAUGAUGUCGAACAUGAGCUGCCUCCCGAGGCAGAGUCUUCUCGCUAUCGGCCCAUCAAGCGUCUCGACGAGAGCGUCGUCAACCGGAUCGCAGCCGGCGAGAUCAUUCACCGACCCGCCAAUGCGCUCAAGGAGCUCAUCGAGAACUCGCUCGAUGCAGGCGCCACUCUCAUCCGCGUCACACUCAAGGAAGGCGGCAUCAAGAUGCUCCAGAUUCAGGACAAUGGCUCAGGAAUCCAGCCUUCCGACCUGCCCCUGCUCUGCGAGCGCUUCGCCACGUCCAAGCUACGCGACUUUGGCGAUCUCGAGAGCAUGUCCACGUUUGGCUUCCGAGGCGAAGCCCUCGCCAGUAUCAGCUACGUCACCGCAUCCAUGAAUGUCGUCUCCAAGACCAAGCAUCAGGACUGCGCCUACCGAGCCUACUACGCCAACGGCAGUCUCGCGCCGCCCAAACCUGGACAGAGCAGCGAUCCCAAGCAGUGCGCAGGAACCGAUGGCACCCUCAUCACCGCCGAGGAUCUCUUCUACAAUGUGCCACAGCGUCGGAGAGCUCUGCGCAGUGCCGCCGACGAAUACAAUCGAGCGCUCGAUGUCGUCUCCAAGUACGCCGUGCAUUACGGCGGAAGAGGGGUCGGCUUCGUCUGCCGAAAGGCUUCCAGCAACGCCACGGACCUCAACACGCCAUCGUCGCCGACCACGAGCACCCUCGAAACGAUUCGCAUCCUGCACGGGAACGCAGUCGCAAGGGAGCUCGUCGAGCUGAAGGACGUCGUCAACGAGAACCUCGGCUUCCAAUGCCAAGGCUGGAUCAGCGGCGCCAAUUGGAGCAGCAAGCGCACCACGCUUCUGUGCUUUAUCAACAAUCGUCUCGUCGAUUGUCCUCUGCUGAAGCGCUCGAUCGAAGCGCUCUACGCGACGCUGCUCCCGAAAGGCGGUCAUCCCUGGGUGUACAUCUCGAUCUCGAUCAACCCAGCCAAUGUCGAUGUCAAUGUGCAUCCCACCAAGAAGGAGGUGCACUUUCUGCACGAAGAUGAGAUUGUCGAAGCCAUCUGUCAGGCGGCCCAGAACAAGCUAGCGGGCGCCAAUUCGAGCAGGACAUUUGCUUUUUCUCAGGCCGUUUUGCCCAUCCUUGCGUCGGAAGUGGGUUCCACCAGAGCCUCUUCGGCAACUGCCACGAGAGAGAGCGAACAAGCAACGAGACCGGCUCUGAGAGAGACAAGAAGCAGUAGCAGCAGCAGUGCGGGUGGAAGCAGUAGCCCUGCUCAGGUGCGCAGAACCGACGCUUCUGGUCCCGUCUCUUCCUCGAAGGGCUACCCACAGCACCUCGUCCGAGUGGAUGCCAAGACACGGACGCUCGACGCCAUGUUCACUCCCACAGCAAGAUCGACCGGCAAAAAGCGCGCCUUGGACCCAGCAGAAGGGCAGGAGUCUUUCUCCUCGGACGCCUUGAUGGCCGAGACACCGACGACGAUGGAAGACGAGUCGGCUGCCAGAGGCCAGAGCACUCGCUCCUUCGCCGAUAGCAGUGACAAUGGCACCAGCGGACUCAGCUCCUCGGUCAAACGCAGUCGUCCGACCGGGCUCGGCGUCCGCAUCUCCGACUCGGAUUGCUCCUUCACUUCCGUUCGGCAGUUGCGAGCACAGAUCGCAAAGGCGCAGCAUCGCAAUCUGACCGAGGUCGUGCAGAACCACACUUUUGUCGGCGUCGUCGAUCUGCACAAGGGUCUCAGCCUCGUACAGCACGAGACCCGUCUUCUGCUGGUCAACCACGAUGCCAUGAUUCGCGAAUUCGCCUAUCAGCUCGUCCUCCGUCAAUUCGGCAGUCUGAAGCGAAUACGAUUGGAUCCUCCGCCCAAGUUGGACGAUCUCGUCCGUCUCGCUCUCGAAAGCACGGCGGGCGUCCCCGACGACGACACUCAGAGUGUCGAGUCGACCAAGGACAAAAUCGUCCGACUUUUGCUUGACAACGCUGAGAUGAUUGAAGAGUACUUUUCCAUCUGCUUGAAUGCAGAGCACCGUACCCUCGAGGCUCUGCCCAGCUUACUUCCAGGCAGCGGACUCAACGGCACCGCGAUAGAGUUGGAUCGUCUGCCGCAGCUGCUGCUCAGACUGGCGACGCGUGUGGACUGGGAGGACGAGCAAGAAUGUUUCGACACGAUUGCGAGGCAGCUUGCUUACAGCUGCUUGCCUUGCCCGCCGCCACCGCCGCCGUUUCGACCGGCAGUGCCGUCGGCAUCGAUCGAAGAGGGAAUUGCGGAGGCAAUACAAGCAGAGGACAGAGACAAGCAGAACGAGCGGGAGGAAGAGGAGGAGUCGAUCAAGAAACGCGUCCAACAUUUGUGGUUCGACAGCAUGGCCAGGUCGAGGGGCAAGUACGUGCCGAGCAAGGCGACCAACGAGUUUGUCGUUCAGGUGGCCAACCUGCCGGAUCUGUAUCGCGUCUUUGAACGAUGCUGA